GAUAUAUAUGUAGCUGGAAGCCACAGCCUGCCGAACAGCCUGCCUUCUUCGUGGUUUGAUCUCAUCGGUCAUCACAGCCAGUCCCAAAUUACUCACGAUUUCGUGUGUAGCAGCGGCGCAUGGGCUGCUGCGGCACCAUGUCCUCGUCAUCGAAGCCUCGGGGCAUCCGGGAGGAGACGCUGGUCCGGGUCCCCGGCGCGUCGGUGCACCUGAUGGCCGACGCGGGCGAGGGGCCCGUGGAGCUCGGCCGGGGCGAGCUCGCCGUGGUGAGGAUCGUCAAGGAUGACGCGGCCGUGGCCACCGUGGUGCGCGUGGGCCGCGACCUGGGCUGGCCGCUGGCGAAGGACGAGCCCGUGGUGAAGCUCGACCGGCUGCACUACCUCUUCACGCUGCCGGACAAGGACGGCUCCUUCCUCAACUACGGCGUCUCCUUCGCCGCCGCCACGGCCGACGCCGCGCUGCUGGCGUCCCUCGACGCCUUCCUCAAGUCCAACGCCUGCUUCUCCACGCCUUCGAAGGGCUCAAGUCAGUCCUCAUCGGCGGCGGCGGCAUCGCCGGACGGGUACUGGAACGGCUUCGCGCCGAGGAUAGAGAGCUACAACGGCGUGCUGGCCAAGGCGAUCGGCGCGGGCACCGGGCAUCUUGUCAAGGGCAUCUUCAUGUGCAGCGAGGCCUAUGCCAGCCAGGUUCAACGGGGAGCCAAUCUGAUUGGCCCUCAAGCUGCCGGCGGUGGGAGCAAACGAUUCGGCGGCACGGCUGCGGCAGACCGAAGCAGCCAUGCAAAGCGUGGAGGGGUCAACCAGAGCCUCAAGAGGGUCAGGAAGCUGUCCGAGAUGACCGAGAAGAUGAGCAAAUCGCUGCUAGACACGGUCAUCUCGGUGACGGGGUCCAUGGCCGCGCCGCUGCUUCGUUCCAACCAAGGGAAAGCAUUCCUCGCCACCGUCCCCGGAGAGGUCAUUCUGGCCACGCUUGAUGGCAUCAAUAAAGUUAUGGACGCUGUAGAGGCUGCCGAGAGGAGAUCACUGGCUGCAACCUCCAAUGUUGUUUCCGGUGCAGUGUCUAGGAGGUAUGGAGAGAGCGCAGGCGAGGCGACUGAAGACGCCUUCGCAACGGCCGGUCACACCGUGGGGACGGCGUGGAACCUCUUCAAGAUACGGAAGGCUGUCACGCCGUCAUCCUCACUUCCAGGGAACAUGGUGAAGAGCGCCGUGAGGAACAGAAACUGAGGCUCUGGUUUGCCUCCGCAGGACAGCGAGAACCGAGAAUGCGACUCUACCAACAGAUAGUAUGCGCCCUCAUGCUUGUGCUGCACUGCACAGGCGCCACCAAAUGAAGACAUGACAAAUUCAAUGUUAAUCCACAGUCCUGGAGUACAAUAUGAAAUGUUGAACUUCAGAUCUACUUUGACGUUGUUCUUACAGAAGGUCAGAGCAAUGCCCAUUUGUAUCACGGCACACUGGUUGUCGCAGCUUGUUACAACCAGAUGUGCUGCAAUAAAAUGUUAAUGUCAUGAGACACCACAGCCAAAACUGGUUCACAUCCAGGAAUUACAAAAUAUUACUUCAGCUCGGAAGAGAAAAAAUUUCGUUUUCCCACUAGUAACACAGAGACAUAAUUAUGCCGUCGCCAGAGUCAGACCUGUAGUAAUAGACACAGUGUAAUUGAAUGUAAACGAGUGUUUACUUCUUUUUCCCACCAGCAUCA